AGUUUAGCAAAGAGUCGCUCGAGGCGCUCGAGACGCAGUAUGAUGGCGCCGAGCUGCGCCAGCUCUCCCGGCGUAUUGCUGAGGAACACGCGCAGAUCGACAAGAUCACGACGGGGUACCACGACGUGCACUUGACCAACGUCCUGAGCAAGCCCGUCGACACGAUCUUGUUGCAUUGGGCGCGCAUGAAGCUCGAGGAGAGCAAGAUUGUGCUGCGACCGCAAGACCGAAUGCUGAAAAACUUUACCGACGACUUGGCCGACGGCAGUAAAUUCUCGACGCUCUUGCACCACUUGUUUCCGCUCGACUACGACACCCACAUGGUGCACGAAAUCGAUGUCGAGCAGCGAUUGGCCAACAUUGAGCGCUUCAACAAAUCGCUGCGCGUCGAGUCCUCGAGCGACGUCAAAGUCCCGGGUAUCGUCACCGCCGACUCGAUCGCGGCCCAGCGCGGUCUUGAAAACGCCGUCUUUAUCAGCGUGCUCUUCACCCUCUCGCCCGGGCACUUUUCCAAGGUCAACACGGAAAAGUGCCGCAAGGUGUUUCUCCAAAUCGUCUCGGCGUGGAAAAAGGUGCGGAGCUUGAUGCUCGAGGUGAAGCGCAUGCCCGACGAUCCGCUCGGCGCCGAAAACAUGAUGGUCGUGACGCUCGGCAAGGAAAUGCGCCGCGUCGAGGAGCUGCACACGCUGCUCCAGAAGGAAAUGACGUCGCUCGUGUGCGCAAGCAACGAGAGUGCCGGUGUCCUCUCCAAGCUCCUGCACAAGAUCUUGUGCUUUACGUGGCGGAUGUUGUCGCAGCGCGACCGCGGCGUCGACGGCGACAUCAUCGACGAGCGCCGCGCCGACACGAUUCGCAAAUUCACCAGCGUGAGCGCGGAUGCGAUCCGCCGGCUCAUUUCGGACGAACCGUCGGCGCGCCAUCGCAGCAUCUCGGACACGGAGGUCAUGACGCGCGUCUUUGGCAUCCAAAAAGUGCUCAAGCAGCACUUUAACGACCUCCACGCGAUCUUCCGCCACUACAGCUGCAGCACCUUGCGCGGCCACUCGGCGACCAUGAGUCUCCAAGAGUACAUCAAAUUCAUCAAGGACUGCAACAUUGUCGACAAGAAGGUGCACUUGCCCAUCGUUGACGCCAUCUACCACCACUGCGUCGAGGCCCAGGAUGACGGCACGGCGCAGCGCGAAAUGUCACCGAUGGACUUUGUGCAUGCGCUGAUUUUGGUUGCGGACAAGAAGUUUCCGAGCAUGGUCUUUGAAGAGCGGAUCCAGGAGCUGCUGGACAAGUGCGUCUUGCCCAACGCGAGUCGGUCGCAACCCGAAGCGUUCCGCUUGCUCUUGCACUCACCCGACGUGCGGGCCGUCUUUUUGAAAUACAAGAGUGCGCUCCAGCACAUCUUCAAGUACUACUCCAACAUGAAGACGGACGACGAGAUGACGGCCGCGAGCAAGUCGAGCACGACCCUCGACGUCAACGAAUUCCUCAAUCUGGCCAAAGACUGCAAGCUCAUGGGCUUCUUUGUCACGGACGCGAUCGUCAAGCAGGUGUUCAUCCUUGUGCAGCGGCAGUACGACGACACGGAGACGCAAGUGAGCACGACGACGACCGACGACGAGCUCCAGAUCGACUUUGCCGAGUUUGAAGAGGCGCUGGCCGUGCUCACGGAGCACGUCAUUUGCAACCCGUACAUCCCGCUGCACAAGCGCCUCGAGCAGUUUGUGACGGAAAUGGUCUUGCCCCGCGCCCGCCAAAAGAAAACCAAGGGCGACCUCCGCUAG